AAACAAUGGGUACAUCCACAAGAAGCUUUAUCAAGAGGUCAUAUAUUAUAUAAUGUCAAGUUUCUGGGAGAGUGUAGUGUUGAUACACCUAAAGGUACAGAGGUGGUGAAAGAUGCCAUUAGAAAGAUGAAGUUUAAUAAACAUAUAAAAAGAGCAGAAGGUCAGAAACCACCAAAAGUAGAAUUAACAAUAUCUAUAGAUGGUUUAACUAUACAAGAUAGAGUAUCCAAGAGAAUAAUGCAUCAAUAUCCUUUACAUCGAAUUUCUUACUGUGCAGACGACAAAUCUGAUAAAAGAAUGUUUACAUUUAUUGCCAAGGCAGCUAACUCUACUCAGCAUAAUUGCUAUGUUUUUGAUAGUGAAAAAUGUGUAAGUAUAUGUCUUCUUUCAUAUACUUAA